AUGAAAGUCCUCAUCACCGGCGCAGGCGGCUUCGUCGGCCAAAUCCUCGCCCAACACCUGAUUUCCAGCAACACGGCCACCCGCCUAGUUCUCGUAGACCUGCACUCGCCGCCCAACCCCACGACGGCCACCUCGCCGGACACUGUACGCUGCGUAGCCGCCGACCUAACCUCGUCCGCAACCUGCUCGUCGCUGAUCGACGACGAAGCGCCCGACGCCGUGUACAUCCUGCACGGCAUCAUGUCUAGCGGGAGCGAAGCAAACCUCGAGUUAGGUCUUGCCGUCAACUUCGAGUCGGUACGGCAGCUACUAGACACGAUACGGCGGACGGGGCGUAGCAGCACAAAAGUCGUUUUUACAUCUUCGUGCGCGGUAUUCGGGCGCGCGGCCGUGACGCAGGUCGCAACCGAGACGGAUGUGGUGCCCAUGCCGGAAUCCAGCUACGGGACGCAGAAACUCAUGAUUGAGUUUCUGGUGAAUGAUUACUCGCGGCGCGGGCUGCUGGAUGGCCGCAGUGUAAGGCUGCCGACGGUGUUUGUGAGGGCGGGCGCGCCGACGGCGGCUGCGUCGUCGUUUGUGUCGGGUAUUGUGCGCGAGCCGAUUCAUGGGUUUGAGGCCGAGUUGCCUGUGGAUCCCCAGAUAGGCAUUUGGCUGACGUCGCCGCGCACGCUGGCCGAGAACCUUGUGCAUGCGGUAAAGGUGCCGGCGGAGAAGUUUGGUCACUUUAGACAGGUGUUGUUGCCCGGGUAUACGGCGACGAGCGGUGAGAUACUGGAUGCGUUGGAGAAGGUUGCGGGAAAGGAGGCGAGGGCGCUGGUCAAGGAGAAGAGGGAUGAGACUACGCAGAGGAUCGUGUUGAGUUGGCCGGCCAAAUACGAUACCACUCGGGCAAAGGAGCUGGGCUUUAGCGAAGACGUGGGAUUGGAGCAGACGAUUAAGGAUUUUAUUCAAGGGGAGAAGUUGAGUGGAAGGCUACAAUAG